ACAUACAUAUAGAUAUAGAGAGAGAAGGGUUCAUGGCGGCGACUAUUGAAGGACAAGAUAGGGUUCUUGCAGCAGCUCAACAGAUCGUCAAGAGUCUCAAUACCUCUACAAAUGUUGAUACUGAAGAUAUGCUUAUGAUUUUAUCUAAUUUUGAUAAUCGUUUAUCUAAGCUCUCUAAUAUGAUGACCACCACCAAUUCAUCUUCAUCAACUCCUACAUCCGCCAGAUCAGCUGCUGCUGCUGCUGCCGUUGCCGAAACCGAUCAUUCCUCUACUGAUAUUGUGUUUGAAGAGGCUGCGAAGCUUGUGCUUGAAUGGGACUCUCCUCCUAACGCCGAUCCUGAUUCCACCUCUGAAUAUCUCAACGCUGUUGACGAGAUUAUUAAGAAGACCGAGGAUCUGAAUGUUCUGUCGUCCGAUAUGGACCGAGCUGAGGCUGCUCUUCAGCAUGCUAUGGCUCAUUUGGAGGAGGAGUUUCGUCAUGUUCUCAUUGGAAAUACUGUUCCUUUCGAUGCUGGCCGUCUCCAUGAGUCCUCUUUCAUUCGCCGUUAUUCUAUCUCUUCAUCUGCUGUUGCAAUUCCUGAUUUUGAAACAGGUACUUUGUCCGAGGAUCAGGAGGAUGUUAGCAGUGCAAGGUACAAUCACGUCAAAGGGAAGAGCCUUGGAACGGAUGAUUUCUCCCUUGAUUUGGUAUAUAAUGAUGCUAUAAUUGAUCUGAGAGAGAUUGCUAACCGUAUGAUUAAAUCUGGAUAUGAAAAGGAAUGUUGCCAGGUGUACUCUAGUGUUCGCAGAGAGGUGCUUGACGAGUGUUUAGCAAUUCUUGGCAUUGAGAAACUGAGCAUUGAGGAGGUCCAUAGGAUUGAUUGGCAGUCGCUGGAUGAGAAAAUGAAAAAAUGGAUUUAUGCUGUAAAAGUUCUGGUGAGAAUUCUUCUAUCUGCUGAAAAGAGCUUAUGUGACCAGGUUUUUGGAGACUCGGAGUUGAUUAAAGAAGUGUGCUUUAUGGAAACUGCAAAGGGCUGUGUAAUGCAGCUCUUGAAUUUUGGAGAAGCUGUGGCAAUAGGGCGAAGGUCGUCGGAGAAGUUAUUUAGGAUUCUGGAUAUGUAUGAUGCCCUGGCAGAUGUUUUGUCUGACAUAGAGCUGCUUUUUUGUGAUGAAGAUGGUGAAUUGGUGUGUGGUGAGUCAAAGGGGGUGUUAGAUGGCCUAGGAGAAGCAGCUAUUGGGACAUUUGUGGAGUUUGAAAAUGCUGUUGAGCGGGAGAUUUCAAAGAAACCAACACAAGGCGGUGAAAUCCAUCCAUUGACUCGUUAUGUUAUGAAUUAUGUUAAAUUGCUGGUUGAUUAUAGUGAUACAUUGAAUGGACUUUUAGAGAAGUUAGAGAGUUGCAUGGAACAUGACUCUUCCGCAACUGAUAACGGUGAUAACUUGGAGUUGGAGAAUGUUGCACCACUGGCGAGGCGGUUGAUGUUACUGAUCAAGUCUUUGGAAGGUAAUCUGGAGGGGAAGUCGAGAAUGUAUGAAGAUUGUGGAAUGCCGUAUAUAUUUUUGAUGAAUAAUGUACAUUACAUCGUUCAGAAAGUGAAAGAUUCGGAGCUUCAAAAACUUUUAGGUGAUCAGUGGGUCAGAAAGCGGAGGGGUCAGAUUCGACAACAUGCUACAAGCUAUCUUAGAGCUUCAUGGAGCAAGGUUUUAUCUUGUUUGAAGGACGAAGGACUUAGCGGAAGCUCAAGCAAUGCUUCAAAGGUAGCCCUCAAGGAGAGGUUUAAGAACUUCAACGCAUGUUUUGAAGAAAUUUACAGAAUCCAGACUGGUUGGAAGGUCCCAGAUCCUCAACUGCGCGAAGAACUCAGGAUUUCUAUUUCUGAAAAGGUGCUUCCUGCAUAUCGCUCAUUUCUAGGAAGAUUUGGGAGUCAUUUAGAGAGUGGAAGAAAUGCUGGGAAGUACAUAAAGUAUUAUCUAGAGGACUUAGAAGGUUAUUUGUUGGAUCUAUUUGAAGGAACACCUCUUGUUUUGCACCAUAUGAGAAGAAAAGGCACGUAAGGUGCAGGUCUUUGGGGACAGGUAUGCCUCCUUUCUAAGGACUAGCGUGUCUAGAGUAUAGGCUGGGGAUGUUCUGUUUCUUUGUUGAUCUCAAUGUGUUAAAAAGCAAAUUCGAUGAGACUAGCUACACUCUUAUUCACUACUGUAAUAACUCUGUGAGAUGUAUAUGUAUUAUAUGUGAGAUCUGCUGAUACAAU